GUAACGCCAAUUUCAGUCGCUCGCCGAUUAUACAAGCGAUUAGUCGUCCAUAAACGAACCGAACCGAAUCGCCUCAAAUGCAACGCCAACACCAAGAUCUGGUGACCGCCGUGGAGGGAAAUGCUGGUGGGGAUCGCAUCACGACCCAGUCCAGUCCCAUUCCGUUGCAGACAGACACAAUUAUCACGACGACUCCGCCGCAGCGUCCAUCGUCGCCGCGACAGUUCUUCGAGAGACUCUACGGGCACCUCGAGACGCGCAGCAGCGAGAGCGGCGACAUCGAUGUGGUGGGCACCCACCACAAGCCUCCGCCUGGCUGCGACACACCCUACCACAGCGAUGGCGGCAGCGUCUCGUCUCCGGACAUUUCAAUCAGCGAUGAGCGCGUGUCCCUCGUUGGAUUUCCCUCAUAUGACUUUUAUGGUGGCUCCAAGGACUCGCCGCAGAAGCACAGCUACGGCAAUACCCUGCCUGGAAUUACGCCAGGACACGGAGCUCCCGUGCCCGUACUGCCAGCGGGAUUUCCACCCGGCUUUCCUGGUGAUCCGCAUUUCAGCGCUGGAUUUACGGCCUUUUUGGCACGCCGUCGUCGCAAAGAGGGAAGACAGCGUCGCCAGCGUACCACCUUCAGCACCGAGCAAACACUGCGCCUCGAGGUGGAGUUCCAUCGGAACGAGUACAUCUCCAGGAGUCGCCGCUUCGAGCUGGCUGAAACGUUGCGGCUCACAGAGACGCAAAUCAAGAUCUGGUUUCAGAAUCGUAGGGCAAAGGACAAGCGGAUAGAGAAGGCGCAAAUCGAUCAGCACUACAGAAACUUUGUCGUGGCCAAUGGUUUUAUGAGCUCUAUAAUGGGUCAUCAGACUACAUCGAGUUACGCCGCCCCGGCCAGCAGUGCGACGCCGUCCCUUCCACAUGGAGGAGGCAUCGGCGUGGGCCUCGGCUACUAUCCAACGCCAGCGGCGACGGCAGCGCUGCCAAAGGACAGCACGCAGGGGCACGUAAACAACAAUGGAGGAGGACAUCCAGAUGCUAAUUAUAUAGACAUCGACGAGCGAUACGAGACGCAGCCACGCCGACGCCUUCCCUUCAAUAUCAGCAACAGCAACAGCCACAGCAGCGGCGUCGGUGGCGGCAGUGGCAGUGGCAGUGACAGCAAUCGAGCAGUCAAUACUUGCUAG